AUGGAAUUUGUGAGCACUCUCUGGAGUAUCUGGUUGUUAAGAAAUAACAUUAGCUUCAAUAAUUCCCUAGUCUCCCCUCGCAGUAUUAUCAAAUUAGCGCAUCACUGGAAGCAGAGAUGGGACUUAGGGAAUAACACCAAAACAUGUGAACAAUGGGGUCGAAUGGAAGACAUCGUGGAAGCUGAUGACAUGCACCAACGUUCUUGUUCGAACCAAGCCAAUGACGAGCCAGCUAACCAAAGGUAUAUUAUUAUCAUUGAUGGUGCGUGGAAGAAAGUGGACAGCAAGCAUAGCAGCGCAUGGAGAGCAGCUGUUGGGUGGGUAAUUAAAGACAGAGGUAUUGUAAUUUGGGCAAAAGUCCAGUUUUUGCUACCUCACCCUGUCAAGCUGAGGCUAAAGCGACAUAAAUGGCUUUACAAAGCUCGAGUUUAG